CAGAAGAUGAUGUGGUUCUCCACCAAGUUGCAGAAAGCUGCUGCGAUGGACAUGUGCAACAGGAAACUCCUGCUGCUGGUUUUGAUGUUGCUGGUGUCUCAUCUGGCCUGUGAUGCUCACAGCCUGUCCGAGUGCUGCAGACAGUCAUCCCGCUCCUGUCGCCUCUAUGUGUUGCUGUGCCGCUCUGGCAGCGGGGCCCCGGGUCAACCACCCCUCACUGCUGAUGCUGCCGCUGGCAUCCUCACCCUGGGCAAACGGAAAGGAGAGGAGACUCACCUCCAGAGACGCCUGCACCAGCUCCUCCACGGCUCCAAGAACCAGGCAGCAGGGAUCUUGACUAUGGGGAAGAGGACUGAAGAGGGGGCUCGAGUGCAGUACCUGGACUGGAUGGCACCAGCAGACACGGCCUCUACCACAUCCCUGCCUGUUUGA